ACCCUUUUCCCUUUUGAAAAUGUAUACUCUACUUAUUUCCUAUUUUCUUGUUACUAAAAAUUCUUAAAAUUUUCUAAAAAAGAGUGAAGAGUUAAGAGUGAAGCCAUAUUUUACACUUGUGCUAAAGAAUGGUGAAACUUGUUCAGCAAAGUCUAAAAUCAUGGUGGAAAUUCAGUUUUCUUAGGGCUUCUUCAUACUCAACUGAACCUGAAACCCUAGCCUCCUUAUUUUUGUCUAGUAAAGAUGAAGGUUCUACUAAGCCAGCAAAGAGUCCUCUGUACAGUAAGUUACUAUAUUUAACACGCUCUGAAGAAUCAGUGAUACCAAUACUGGACAAAUGGGUUACUGAAGACAAUCCAAUUAAGUAUGAAGACCUACAAAGUAUCAUCAAACAGCUUAGAGCUUAUCGUCGCUAUAAAAGUGCCCUUCAGAUUUAUGAGUGGAUUAAGAACUCCAAGCAUUUUGAUAUAUCGGCUGGAGAUGGUGCAGUCCAACUGGAUUUGAUAUCAAAAGCCCAUGGCCUGAAAGCCGCAGAGACGUAUUUCACUAGCAUUCCAGAUGAUUUAAGAACCUACCAGGUAUAUGCCGCUCUCUUGAACUGCUAUGCUGAUGCAAAAGUCUUAAAUAAAGCAGAAGAUACCAUGCAAAAGCUGAAGGAGUUGGGCUAUGCUGGCACAGUGGCGUACAAUGUUAUGUUGACCCUUUAUUCUAAAAUGGGAGAUGUUGAGAAGCUACAGUCACUUGUGCUAGAGAUGGAAGACAAAGGCAUUGCUGGUGACGUGAUUACCCACAAUAUCGUCUUGAAUGCAUAUGCAUCUGUUCCUGAUGUCACGGAGAUGGAGAAGCUUCUGAUGAAAAUGGAAGCUGAUCCUCUGCUGAUUGAUUGGAGUCCUUACACAGUAGCUGCCAAGGGGUACCUGAAAGCUGGUGAUAUAGACAAGGCUUACGAGGCAUUGAAGAAAUGCGAGCAUCUAGUCAAGGGGAAAAGGUCAAGGCUUGCUAUUGACAUGCUCAUUACUCUCUACACUAGUAUGGGAAAGAAAGAUGAUGUCUAUCGUCUAUGGAAUAAAUUCAAGAGAAAAGUUAAGUAUCACAAUUUAAGUUAUCAUUGUAUGAUAAGUGGACUAGAAAAGUUGGAUGAUCUUGAUGGUGCAGAACAGAUAUUUGCCCAGUGGGAAGCAAACAGGGUACACUUUGACAUUCGAAUUCCAAACUUGCUCGUAACUGCUUACUGCAAAAAGGGUCAUAUGGAAAAGGCUAUAUCAAUCAUAGAGAAACUCGUGGAGAGUGGGAAGCAACCCAAUGGGAGCACAUGGAAUCGUCUGGCACUCGGUUAUUGUGUACAUAAUGACAUGGAGAAAGCAGUGGAGACGAUGAGGAAAGCAAUCUUGGCUAGUCAGCCAGGGUGGAAGCCACACUUUCAUAGUUUGGCUUCAUGUGUGAAGUACUUGCAAUCAAAAGGAGAUACUCAACGAGAACAAGAGCUUAAAGAUUUACUUCGGGUGCGAGAUCUCUUCCCAAAAGAAGUUGAGAAGGGUUUGGAUAAGUAUAUUGAAACUGGAAAUCAAAUGUCUAAGGCACUUGAUGAAACUGACCUUGAGGAGGCUUGCCUACAAUAGUAGGAAAAUUUCUAUGUCAGGGGUUAGUGGAUUAUUUGAUUCUCUAACUUUUUUAUCUUGAUCACUAAUAAAAACUCUCUACUGGCUUUUAAUUGGGGUUUCUAUUGCUGCAUCUAAAUGGAUGAAACGUUUGUUCGGGGUGGAUGCAUGAUAUUUAAUUGUC